AUCAGUCUCCGAGAUUCCGGUGACAACCGAGUUUUCUUACGGUAGGUGUUUGCAGGUGCUCAUCAAGAUAAGCAGCGGACACCAGGCUAACUUUUUCGUCACGGUCGGACUGUCCACAACUUCUUUCUAUGACCACGGAAGAUUUACAAGCAGAAUUCGAAGCCUUACCCUUGCAGACUUGGCCAGCUGGCCGUUACUGCCAGAGUCUCAAAUCAGACUCCUCGAUCAGGGUACGCACAUCCAAUUUGACUGAACGAACAUGCGAUGUUGGUCCGCUUUACAGUAGGAUCCGAGAGCUUUGGCUUUGGCUUCUGCUUCCGCCCCAAGCCCUAGGAGAACUGGGUCAAGAGCGUCUAUAAUACCUCGCGUCUCCCUGUGUGUACGCAAGGUUCGCUUUCGCCCCACGGCACGCACCGGUGACAUUGCGCAGCAGGGAAAGUGCCCAAUCAGCGGCAACGGACCAACAGUUGAUGAUGCGCGAUCUGAUUUGAUAUUGUUACUCAUUGAUGGUUUGUCUGAAGCAGGGCCCAGCUCGAGCAGAGUCUCCGCGAUCUUUGGCAGUUUCUUCAAAAGUUGACCGGCAUGCACUGGCACAUGAAGUUGACGUUGGGUCCUCGAAUGUCAGCGGGGCUGCAAUGGACAACACCGGUCCUGUUGCGGUCGUCGAACUUCAAACUGCCACGGUCUGCUCCGAGAGAUGCGCUCGCAAACGGACGCCAGUCUGACUGACCCCAGGCACUUGAGCGUGCUGCCCCGCACCAGCAGCAGCUCGAGAGGUGGCCUCUCGGGCAGCAGAUGGGCGUGCUUGUCGCGCGUCAAAGCCAGGUUGAAUUGCAGGUUGCAGCAGCGGCUCGAACCAGGACAUAAAAGCAGGCACAGUAAGAGAAGCGCCUGCAUGCGGAAGGGCAAGGCGACAGACCGCAGAGCGCGAGAAACCGCCAUGAAGCGUUCCCCUGCCGGAGUGGCCCUGCUGGUCCUGGCACUGCUAGGGCGGGCAAGCGACCUAGGGCCCGGCGUGCAUGCUCGGGCGCUGCUCCAGGCCACCGCCAAAAGUGCCCCCGCGGCGGCCCCGCUGCCCGCGCCGACCCCAGCGGCGUCUCUCCCGGAGGGGUGCCCUCCGGUUGUGCUGUCCAAGUUUGAGGCGCAGGUGGUGAACGCGAUGAACGCGGUGCGGUCCAUCUACGGGCGGCCGCUGCUCGUGCCGGACCCCGUCCUCAUGUGCGCCGCGCAGAGCACCGCGCGCGACACCGGCCUCGAGCAGGCGUGUGCGCCGGUGAGCGACACGCUGGGGCUGGCCAACACGACGGUGGCGGCGCGCAUCCUGGUGUGCCAGACCGCGGCGGGCCAGUGCACGCUGGGGCCCAUUGACACUGCGGAGACGUCGCAGCUCACGUCGUGCAACUCCGCGUCGGCCGGGGUGCUGGCGCGGCGGUGGGAGAGGCUGGACCCCGGGUGGAACACAACGGGCAUUGCCAGCCCGGUGUUCACGCGCGUGGGAGUGGCCAACAACCAGGCCGACCCAACCAUCUUCUGGGCCGCAACGCUCAGCCCCUGAGCAGCAAGCCCAGCUCGUGGACAAAGUCAUGGCGUCUCUCAAGUCUGUCCCGGGUGAUUGCCUUCUUUUUAUGCUAGAAUCAUGAUCUGGGCCCCAUUGUUGGACGUCAAUCGUUUGAGAUCGAAAAUGCGAGCGGCGUGAAUUUUCGGCAGAAAUUUGGAAAGCAUGCGAGGUAUUAGACACUCAGCCAG